GAAAAACACAAAACACACUCUUCCAUUUGUCAGUUCUUGCUCUCAUAAUUUUCUGCUCCGGAACCUUCAAACUAUUUUUUUUUUCAGAUUCUCAAAAGGGUUUUGAAAAUCUCUCUCAAAGUUUGGAACUUUGAAUUUUUCUGCAAAAUUUGGAAUAGUUUGAUACUGGUAGGGAGGAAAUUAGGGAUUUUGGAAAUGGUAAGCCCCAAAUCUGGAGGUGUAGAGGGGGUGCCCUGCGAUUUCUGCAGCGACCAGCCGGCGGUUCUCUACUGCCGGGCAGACUCCGCCAAGCUCUGCUUGUUCUGCGACCAGCACGUGCACUCCGCUAACUUGCUUUCCCGGAAGCACGUGCGCUCUCAGAUCUGUGAUAAUUGCUCUUCCGAGGCCGUCUCCGUCCGCUGCUCCACCGACAACCUCGUUCUCUGCCAGGAGUGCGAUUGGGACGCCCACGGCAGCUGCUCUGUCACUGCCGCGCACGAUCGCACCCCUCUCGAGGGGUUCUCCGGCUGCCCCUCGGCGCUCGAGCUCGCGUCUCUUUUGGGUCUGGAUCUCCAGGAUAAGAAUCUACCGGCUCGACCCGACCCGCAGCUCCAGAACUGGGAUAUGGGUUUGCCGUCCGUGGAUCCGUCUUGGAAUGGGUUUGGGAUGCAGGACUUGAUGGUGCCCAUCCAGAACGGCGUCGUUGACCUGACCGGUGAUAUGAAGAGGCAGAAUAGUGGGGGUAUAAGCGGGAAGCAGAAGCAGGGGAUACAGAAGCAGCUGUUGGAGUUGCUUAAGAGGGACUUGGGUGGUGGCCGCGGCGGAGGUGGUAGUGGCAGCGAGAAUUUAGUGCCAGGGACGCAGACAAGGAAUGGUUGGCAGGAGGAGAAUGGGAAGGGAAAUGGGGAUGUGGAAGGGCUUGCUUCGAUUGAUGUGAGGAAUGAGAAUGGAGGUGUUGGUGGGGUUGCAGCUCGUGCUGCCUCUUUGGAGACGGUGUUGCAGCAACAAACGCCCUUUUCGACUAUGCUCAUGAUGCCAGAAGAGAAUCGUGACGGUGACAUGUUGUGGGAUAGCAACCCCCAUGGUCAGACUCAGAUAUGGGAUUUUAAUUUAGGACGGUUGAGGGAUCAUGAAGAGUCAGGUCCAUUGAAAGUCACAUAUGGUUCAAACGUUUCAGGAUUUAUGAUUAAAGAUUUCAGCGAACUUAUGAAAGAAUCAUCUUUGACUGAUACAAAAAUGUUAAGAGAUAUCUACCAGAUGAACUCCCCUGUUGGACAUGAUGAUAUAAAAUUCAAUAUCACCUCUAAUAACCCAGAAGGCAGUCUGGGUCCAGCAACAUCCGAAAGCAACAACGUCCCUAUCGGACAGCCAUUAUCAGGGUCCGUGUUUGGCGAUGACAAAGGUUCUGGUGCUUCUAAUGACAUCAGUUUUAUGGAACAAUCUUUUCUUAUGAGGGGUGACAGUAUCAGUAUGAGAACGGUAGGAACAAAAGCAGACAUGGAGUUGCUUGCACAAAAUAGAGGCAACGCCAUGCUUCGUUACAAAGAGAAGAAGAAAACUCGAAGAUAUGAUAAGCACAUAAGGUACGAGUCAAGGAAGGCAAGAGCUGAUACUAGGAAGCGAGUCAAGGGUCGAUUUGUGAAGGCUACUACCGAAUCUCCCGAUGGUUAGAUCCGCGUCGAGUUAGGCUUGUCCUAGCUCUAUGUCUGUAAAUAUUUGUUACUUUCGUCGCAAGGCAAAUGUAUAAUUAUGCACUCUCCAUGGAAUCAAAUAUUAUUGUUUGGUC